AUGCAAAGUAUUCUCUGCUGGUCUCUGAUAAUUCAGGCAGCCUUGGGUGCCAUCCUCACUGCGCGGAAUGCGACCAUUGCUUGCAACAACUCUCCACAACUCUGCUCAAGAGCCUACUCCAAUAUCACACAGCUCGGUGCCCACGACAGUCCCUUCCUCAACAAUGCCUCCGCUUCCAACAGCAUAACGUUCAGCGAUGCCGGCAAUCAGAACGUCAACAGUGUAGCUCAGCUCGCAGCUGGCGUCCGCCUUCUCACUGCACAAGUUCAUAACAAUAAUGGGGCAUGGCAUCUCUGCCAUACUAGCUGCAGCUUGCUGGAUGCCGGGACGCUGAGUGCUUGGUUAUCGACGAUUAAGACGUGGAUGGACGAUAAUCCUAACGACGUGGUCACGAUCCUAUUGGUGAAUUCGGACGACGCAUCAGCAGAGGAUCUCAAGGCAGAGUUCGAAGCCGCAAAUAUUACUUCUUACGGGUACCAGCCGCCUUCAAGCACUACCGCCUUAGCUACCUGGCCUACUCUGCAAGAGAUGAUCUCCAACAAUUCUCGGCUGGUGACCUUCGUGGCGGAUUUAGACCCUUCGACGAAUACAGUCGCUCCCUACCUACUUGACGAGUUCACUUUUGUGUUUGAGAAUCCGUACAACGUGACCAGCUCGUCCAAUUUCUCUUGCGUCGCAGAUAGGCCACCAGCGGUAUUCGGGCAGACGGCCACAGCCAUAUCAUCUGGGCGUUUGCCACUUGUGAACCAUUUCCUCGACACAAACGAAGGGUUGGGUAUCGACAUCCCAGAUACUGCGAAUGUCACCACAACCAACGGCAAGACAGGCGCUGGAAGCUUAGGGGUCGCAGCCUCUGAUUGCUCCGCCGCUUACGGCAAGGCCCCUGCAUUCCUGCUCGUCGACUUCUUUGAUGAGGGUUCUGCCAUCAGCGUAGUCAACGGUUUGAAUGGGAUAUCAACGACCGCAGUAGGACAGACCCAGCCUUCAGUCACCCCUACCUCAAGCAGCGGCGCUAGCGGCAUUUCGAACCUCGGAUUCGGCAGCUAUGGCUGGCUGGCUGUACUGUUUGUUACGUGGCUCGCACAUCAGAUAUGA